AUGGUUCAUAUACAUCCUACGCUUACUAUUAAAUAUAUUCUUUCUAUUGUUGCUUUUGGUGUAAUGGUAUAUUUUAUUACAAGUUGUAUUCAAACAUAUUUGGUUUAUCCAACUCAAACACGAGUUUCAAUUCGUCUUAAUCGUUCUCAAUUAUUUCCAGCAGUAACAAUUUGUAGUGGAAAUCCUCUUCGAUAUGAUAAAUAUUUAAUACCACUUAUAUCCUAUAUUAAAACACAUAAUCUAUCCUCUUCACCACCAAAUAUUACUCAAAAUGAUAUUUAUAAUAGUGCAUUUAAUUUAAUGAUUGAUUUAAUAAAUAAGAAUAAAUUUGAAGAAACAUUUUCCUAUGGUUUUCAAUUAGAAGAUAUCUUACUUGAUUGUACAUAUAAUGGUUAUAAUUGUCGAUCAAUGUGGAUAAAAACUUUAUCACCAAUAUUAGGUAACUGUUAUACAUUCAAUCGACAAACAAUCGAUAAAAACACAAAUUUAUUUCAAAUAAAUCAGAUUAAUGGAAAUGUUCAAACAUUACAUAAUGGUCUUAUAAUGACAUUUUAUUUAAAUAUUGAACUUUAUUUUCCAAUAAUAGAAUAUGGUCUUGGUUUAACAGCUAUUUUACAUCAUCCAAAUGAACAACCAUUAAUACGUUAUGCAGGAAAACGUUUUUCACCUGGUUUUGAACAUACAUUAGUUUAUGAAAAAUCAUUAACAACUUAUUUAGGUUCACCAUAUACAUUAUGUACACAAAUAAUUACAGAUGAUAUGAAAGCAUUAUAUAAUUUAUUUGAUAAUAAUACUGAAUAUGUUUAUUCUGAAACAGUUUGUUUAGAAUUAUGUCAACAAGCAUUUAUGUAUGAACAAUGUGAAUGUAUUUAUCCAAUUUAUUUUUAUUUAAAUUAUUUAAAUAUUAAUGGUCAACUUCGUCGAGUUCGUAUAUGUACACCGUGGACAUCGGAAUAUAGAUGUACCAUUGAAGCUCGAAAUCGUAUUGCAAAUAAUCCAAAUCUUUUACAAACACGUUGUCCUCAUUGUCAAUCACAAUGUAUAAUACAUAAAUAUUCAAGUGAUUUAUCGUCACUUAAAGGACCAAGUGAUUCACAAAAAAAUUAUUAUAAAAAAUUAAUACUAUCAAAUUCAACAAUACCAAUUAAAUCUGAUUUUUCAAUGAAUUCAAGUUACUAUUUAGAUCGUAAUUAUCUUAAAUUAUCAGUUAUACCUUUAAAUUCAUAUGAAACUAUAUAUGAAGAAAAAGCAACUUAUAUAUGGUCAGCAUUUAUAUCUGAUCUGGGUGGUCAAAGUGGUUUAUGGUUAGGUAUUAGCGCAUUGAGUAUCUUUAAUUUAAUUGAAUAUUUACAUAGAAAAAGUCAAAUUAUUCGAUUAAAAAGAAAAGCAAUGGCUCAAGUUCACCCAUGCGAAACAGAAUCAAUAUCCAAUAAUAAAUAUUAA